AUGGCCCUGGGCUUCACGGUCCUGCUCCUGGCGGGGACGGUGGGGACAGCUUCCAGGGCUCAGCCUGUGCUGACCCAGCCAUCCUCCGUGUCGGUGCUGCCCGGGCAAACCGCUCGGCUGUCCUGCACCCUGAGCCCCCAGUACAAUAUCAGCGAGUUCGGCAUCUCCUGGUACCAGCAGCGCCCAGGGCACUCCCUGAGGUAUCUGCUCUAUUACAAUUCCGAGCAAGACAAGCACAAGCCCGCCAAGAUUCCCAGCCGCUUCUCUGCUACCAAAGACCUCCCCAGCAAUGCCUGCAUCCUCAUCAUCGCACCCGCUCACCAUGAAGACAACGGCAACUAUUACUGCUCUCUGUUACAUGCCUUCAACUGGUUUUAG